UGUCUUCAUACAUAACACAACAAAAAUUCAUGAAGAUCCAAAAUAUUAUUUUGGUACAAAGGACGUGGGAGAGUUGCAAAUCUCGGUGGCAAAAACACAUUUUUCCUCAAAUGAACAAAUGACACUCUUGCAUCAAACCCUGACCCGACCUUGUUGGGCUCCCGAUAGAACCGUUUCUUUCUUGUCCUAAAGAACCGUUUCGAGGAAUAAAUAACUGACUCACUCUCUGCGCCAUAUUGAAGAUCUCUGUUCAGAAUGGCCCUCUCUUCCGUAUUUUGGCGCCUAAAUCUCCUCUCAAAACCCUCAGUUUCUCUCAGAGCUCUAAAACCCUUCAAGCCCAAACCAAGGCCCAUGUCCUCGCUUCCCAUUUCUUCUAAAUCAAAUUCCUCCAACUUCUCCGCAUCAAAGAAUCCAACUUUUCUAGACCCAAAACCUCGUACUCCGUAUCCCCAACAUGAUCUUAUUGUUCUGGGCAUCGAAACCAGCUGCGACGACACCGCCGCCGCCGUCGUGAAAAGCAACGGUGAAAUUCUCAGCCAAGUUAUUUCUUCUCAGGCAGAUUUGCUUGCUCAAUAUGGAGGUGUUGCUCCCAAAAUGGCAGAAGAAGCGCACUUGCAAGUGAUUGAUCGGGUUGUGCAAGAAGCGCUCGACAAAGCUAAUUUAACCGAGAGAGAUUUGUCUGCAGUUGCUGUUACCAUUGGUCCUGGUUUAAGCCUUUGUCUUCGUGUUGGUGUGCGGAAAGCUCGUAAAAUUGCUGGUACUUUUAGCUUACCAAUUAUUGGUGUACAUCACAUGGAGGCUCAUGCUCUUGUAGCCAGGUUAACUGAACAAGAACUACAAUUUCCUUUCAUGGCUCUGCUUAUUUCAGGAGGACACAAUGUACUCAUCCUUGCUCGUGAUCUUGGUCAUUAUGUACAACUUGGGACCACAAUAGAUGAUGCUAUUGGUGAGGCAUAUGAUAAGAUAGCAAAAUGGCUUGGUCUUGACUUGAGGAGAAGUGGUGGGCCAGCUAUUGAAGAGCUUGCCCAAGAGGGUGAUGCAAAAUCAAUCAAAUUCUCGACUCCAAUGAAACAACAUAAAGAUUGCAACUUCUCGUACGCUGGUCUGAAGACUCAAGUGAGGCUGGCAAUUGAAUCUAAAAAUAUUAAUGCUACAAUUCCUGUUUCUUCAGCAACUAGCGAAGAUAGAAGGUCCCGAGCUGAUAUUGCUGCCUCUUUUCAGAGAGUUGCAGUAUUACAUCUGGAAGAAAGGUGUGAACGAGCAAUUGAAUGGGCUUUGAAGAUUGAACCUUCUGUAAAACAUAUGGUUGUGUCUGGUGGUGUUGCAUCAAAUCAAUAUGUUCGGGCUCGACUUGAUCAGGUUGUCAAGAAAAACAACUUACAACUUGUAUGCCCUCCUCCCAGCCUUUGUACAGACAACGGCGUAAUGGUGGCAUGGACUGGCAUUGAGAACUUUUGUAUGGGAAGAUUUGAUCCACCACCACCUGCAGAUGAACCUGAAGAUAUUGAGUUUGAUCUGCGGCCAAGGUGGCCAUUGGGGGAAGAAUACGCUGAGGGAAGGAGUGAAGCUCGGUCAAUGAGAACGGCCCGCAUUCAUCCGUCUCUGACAUCUCUCGUCCAAGCAUCUUUGCAACAGCAACUAUAGUCUCCAUCUCCUAAAUCUCCAGCCAAUUGAUGAAGUUUCAUUCUCAGUGUAAAGUCAAG